GAGGAGAGAGAGAGAGGACGAGCGAGAGAAAGGAGGGACGAACGAGAGCGGAGUGAGAAAGAGAGAGAGAGACACCGGCACAGGAAACAGAAAUACAAGACAAGAAGAAGAAGAAGAAGAAGAGGAAGAAGAAGACUGAUGGUGCGGCCUCAGAGAGGGACAGACGGAGGGACGAGAGACACCAACACAGACAGGCUGACUGAGAGAGAGAGAGAGUCGGGAAGGAGGCUUUAACAUCUGUCAUCUGGGCCUGUGUGUGUGUGUGUGUGUGUGUGCGAGUGUGUGUGUGUGUGUGUGUGAAUGUGUGUGUGUUGGAGGGUGAUCAGCUGAUUGGACCCCACACGUAGGAGGGUGGAGCCAUGAUGGGCAAGGAUUACAUGUUGGCCAUCAUCAUAGUUAACUAUGACGGUGAGACACACACACACACACACACACACACACACACACACACACAAACACACUAACAGUCAAACUGAGGACUCGAACCCCUAAGGUUUACGGGGACGGUCCCGUGUUGUCGCUCUGUUUUAUGUCACGUUUACUGAACAGCUGCAGACUCUCUUACGCUAAAACGGGUCUCUGUGGUCAGAGUAAAACUGGUCUGUGUCAUCACACUCACCUGGAGACUCACCUGUCUGCUGACGGAUCAGUCUUUUAGCCCCUCCCCUGGGCAGGACCUCUCACACCAGGUGGUCAGUGUCUUGUCCUGAACUGAAGCUAACAUUAGCAUGGAGAGCUUACUAGCUUCACCUUUGGUUGUUUUUAAUGCAUGCACACAUCUCCCUAACAUGACAACAGCAGCUUUCAGAGUGUGAACACAGAUCAGCUCCCUCUUAAAGUCAGAUAAAUCCCCCGAGGGUCAGGGGUAGGGUUCCUUCUCUUGUUCCACUCCCUCAGUGAUACGGUAAAUAUGUCCAAUCAAAUGGAGCAUUAGCAGACAAAAACUGUCAGCUCAGCGUUGUAACACGUAACAAAGUCACGCUGGAGUGACACAACAUGUGAGCUCUUGGAUUUCUCGAGGCUGAAUGAAGCUGAAACGAGGGUUUUCACAGACAAAUAUGAGAUUAUUAUCGAAUAUGACGUCCAACACCCCCAAUCAGGGAACUCUGGGACAACAACGUUUUUAAAACUGUGAACACAAAGCUACUCUAUUAACAUCCUGGACUGACAGAGUGAAAAGAGAAUUACUAAAAUGUGUCAUCUUUAAAGGGAUAUUCUGUCGUAAAAUUAAUUUAGGGUCAAACCCACCAUAACCCCGAGUUAGACCCCGCCCCCUCCAGAGAUGAAUGUUGUCGACCACUUCCUUCUCUAGUUAUACCAACUUUAGUAACGACUGCAGGAUAGAAAUACAGAGAGCCACGCCCCCAACCAAAACGCCACUCUAUAACCACAGAUAAUGCUCAGAACAGCACCUAACUUCAUCAACAGGACAUAUAGGGUCACAGCCAUAGUACUAGACACCAAACAUCUUUUUAACUUUGACUCAUUUCUUUAGCAAAGAGACUAAACACAACUCACCUACUCUCUUCCAGCAGACGCUUGUUUGUAGAGAGACCUCAGACCAGUCCAUUACAGACUACAGCGGGGUGCCGCAGCUCAAGGAAGAACAUAUAUGAUCAUUUCUUCAUGGAAAUACAAUCAGACCGAGACGCCAAGACAGAAGAACUACAGCGUCUGUAAAAUGAUCAAUAUGUUGAUUAUUACUUCAAGGAAAUGAUAAAGAAAUGAUCAUAAAUGUUCUUCCUUGAGCUGCGGCACCCUGCUGUUGUCUGUAUGGACGAUCAGUAUCCUGCGGUCGUUACUAAAGUUGGUAUAACUAGAGAAGCAAGCGGUCGGCAACAUUCAUCUCUGUCGGUCUGACUCGGUGUGACGUGUGUUUGACCCUACAUUAGUUUUACAGCAGAAUGUCCCUUUAACAGCUCUAACUUUGAGUGUUCUCACCAUCACUGAUCUGUUACAGAGCUCUCUCUCCUGUUGGUCAGUGUCUCCUCUCUGAGUGAAACAGCGUUUGUCUGUUUCACUCUUUGGUUUCAUGAUCGGGAAUCUGUGCCGUCAUCUCCGGGGUCUGAUGUGUGACAGCAGAAACUACAAGCUAGCAACAGUAACUAAGAGGGGCGGGGCUUAAGGGAGAGUUGGUCACAUCUUUCUGGUGAUCUGAUUGGUCUGUGAAGAUUCACCAUCAGUCACAUGACCUCACUCUGAAACAAGGUCAAACUAGACCUCACUAAGAUAGAAAUACAGGAGCACGCUGACACACACACAGAGGGAUGCAGUGUGUAAUACAGAUAAGAACAGUGUGUGUGUGUGUGUGUGAGGGUCAUAAUGACAGAACACACACUGUGUUCAUACAGAGAUGAGUCAGCAGCAGCUGUCUGUUACACUGACCUCACACAGGUGUGUAUUUUUAGACAAACUUUCUCCAUCAUCUGUCUGUGUGUGUGUGUCUGUGUGUGUCUGUGUGUCUGUGUCUCUCUGUUAUUGAGACAAGUUUAUCCUCUCC